AUGGCUCUCUCGUCGAAUUGCUGGAAAUAUCUCGUGCUGACCUUCAAUAUUUUGUUCGCGAUGUCAGCAUUGAUACUUUUCGGCGUGAGCGGAUUCCUUCUCUACCGGCUUUUCAUCUACCGGCACUUCAUAGGAGUCAAUGUAGAGUACCCGGCGAUAAUCCUGCUAAUGAUGGCCAUCAUAACAUGCUCCAUAGCCUGGAUAGGAUGGAGAACAGCAAAAUCUAUGCAUCAAAUUCACGUUAUAAUGGCGGGUCUUCUAAUAAUACUGGUAGUAGUAAUCGAGUUCUCAUGCUUCGUGUGGGCGAUGGUGGUGUGGGACAACAUAGAGAUAGACAUCAAGACGACCAUGACAUCCUAUUUCUUGCUUACAGGCGAGAACAAAGAGACUAACUCGGAUUCUGUCCGUUGGGACAGGUUACAUGUAAAGUUCGAGUGUUGCGGAGUGAGCGGCCCGAACGACUACAGCACGACCGGGCACGUCCCGUUCUCAUGCUGCGGCCAGGGCCCGCUCGACUCCAUACAGAAACCAUACACGUCGGACUGCUCCACUUUGUAUCAGAGGGGGUGUGGCAACUUAUUGCACAAAUAUGCCAAGGAACAACUACUGUGGAUUGCAAUGGCGGCAUUGACGGCUUCAAUAUUGCAGAGUACCGGCAUCUUCUGCACGUUCUUCCUCGCUCACGCGAUCAAACAACGUCGUAGAGCGUCUAUACGUCAUUCAGCUUCUAUACGAGAAGCUUUUUCUGCGGCUGAUGACACUUUACUUGCAGCACCCACUGCCCCUGCAUCUACCUUGCCAAAGUAU